CCAGCGCCCUCUUCCCCGUUGAUCGCUGCCUGUGUACUUCCGGCUUUGUGAAUUUCGUGACAACGUUUGAUAAUCAGUGAUAACCAGACAUGUCUACGUGAAUCGCGUCAGUGCCUCUUUUGCCAGGACAAUCUGGUCAAAAGAAAAAUUGUGUAGUUUUGUUCGGGAGCGGAAACUUCGACUACUCGGGGUGUCAUCGUUUGCCCAAAACAGCCUAGCAACAACAACCUCCGAAGGCAAAUUUUCAUUUCGAAGCAAGUUGCCAGAGAGAAAGCAGAAAGAAAGACUAAAAAGCAUGGGAUGCGUUACGGGCCGAUGCCUCGGUCCAGACGAAACGGGGUACCCUGGAUCAGGAUACAUGGCGGCCAUUCGAAAGAAACUCGUCAUUGUGGGCGAUGGUGCUUGCGGUAAAACUUGCCUGCUCAUAGUUUUUAGCAAGGAUCAAUUUCCUGAAGUAUAUGUGCCUACCGUAUUUGAAAACUAUGUAGCCGAUAUCGAAGUAGACGGAAAACAGGUCGAGCUGGCCCUCUGGGAUACAGCCGGACAGGAAGAUUACGACAGGUUGCGUCCUUUGUCAUAUCCUGACACAGAUGUAAUCCUGAUGUGCUUCUCAAUUGACAGUCCCGACUCGCUGGAGAAUAUACCGGAGAAAUGGACGCCCGAGGUGAAGCACUUCUGCCCGAAUGUGCCGAUUAUCCUCGUAGGUAAUAAAAAGGAUUUGCGCAAUGAUCCGAGCACGAUUAAGGAACUUGGCAAGAUGAAGCAGGAGCCGGUGAAGCCCGAGGAGGGCAGAGCCAUGGCCGAGAAAAUCAAUGCCUUUGCAUAUCUUGAAUGUUCCGCGAAAAGCAAGGAAGGUGUCAGGGAGGUCUUUGAAACGGCCACCCGAGCCGCAUUACAAGUGAAGAAGAAGAAGAAGGGAAGGUGUAGGCUGCUUUAAGGUGUUAAUCGAAAUGGGCCCGACGCAAAAAGAACGGGUGAAAUGUGGAGUGAAUCUAGCUGCAUCGAAGCUAGUCCUAAUGCCGGAUGCCCCAGCAUAAAUAAGCUAUAAUAUCUUAUCAUUAUUUUACAUAAUACCAACAAACAAACAAACAAAACAUACAAUAAAGAAAAGCAACAAGCCGAAGCAGUAAACUUCUUGUAAAGCAAUUCUGUUGUUGUCAAAUCCUAAAAAGAAAAGAAAAGAAACCAACAACUGUUCUCGUCGACACGCUGAAGCGGAAACGCACCCACGCGCAAACGGAAAUGACCUAUGUAAUAUAUAUAUAUUCAAUUUUUGGUUGACAAUGUA